GAAUGAUCCCCGAUAAAAGAUGAUAAGAGAACAAUGAGUUUGAAGUUUUUUUUUGGGUGGUGAUGUUUUAUUCGUAACUUUUAAAUGAUUAAAUCGUUCAACGGUGUUUGUAAUCGAUUAGGCAAUUUUGUUAGCAAAUUUCAAAAUCAAUCUCGAUUAUUGUCAUUUAGAAUUCAAACUCAAACAAAAACAAUGAGUACAGAACGUGGACCAUUUGUUUAUCCCGAUGUUAACCGGUUAUCGAAUGUUGAAGAUGAAUAUUUUGGCCAAAAAAUUUCCGAUCCAUAUCGAUGGCUAGAAAAAGCUGAUAGUGAUGAAACAGCUCGAUUUGUUGAAGAACAAAACCGAAUAAGUUCAAAAUAUAUUCAAUCAUGUCAAUAUCGUGAUCGAAUUAUUGAACGUUUAACCGAUUUGUUUGAAUAUCCACGUUAUGGUUGUCCAUAUCGAAGAGGUGAUAAUUAUUUUAUGGAAAUGAAUACCGGUCUACAGAAUCAAAGUGUAUUGUAUAUUAUGCGUGGUAGUUCGGAUGCAAAACCGGAAAUUUUUUUCGAUCCAAAUUCACUGAGUGAAGAUGGAACCGUAUCAUUAUCACCAUAUAUUUGUGCAUUUUCCGAUGAUGGUAAAUGGUGGUCAUAUGGUCUGCAAAAAUCUGGUUCCGAUUGGAGUUCAAUUCGUAUUCGUAAUGUUGAUACAGGCAAAGAUUUGGAUGAAGAAUUGAUCAAAGUAAAAUUUUCCAAUAUUUCCUGGACUAAAGAUAAUAAAGGAUUUUUUUAUUCGUAUUUUCCUGAUCGAAAUGAUCAAUGUGAUGGUCAAGAAACAACUGAAUGUACAUUUCAAAAAUUGUACUAUCAUCGUUUGAAUCAACCACAAUCAUCCGAUAUUCUUAUCUAUGAAACACCGGACCAUCCACGUUAUCGAUUUAAAACAUGUGUUAGCGAUUGUGGCAAUUAUCUUCAUCUAUUCAUUAAUCAUAGUUGUGAAUAUAAUCUAUGGUAUUAUCAUCAAUUUUCGGAUCCGAAAAAUCCAAAAAUCGAUGGUCGAUUAGAAUUUGAACCAAUAAUAACUGAAUAUGAAUCAGAUUAUCAUUAUAUAACAAAUGAUGGUCCAAUACAUUAUAUUCAUACAAAUCAUCAUGCACCAAAAUUUCAUGUAAUCAAAAUUGAUUUAUCAAAUGAAUCAACACGAUUAGAAUCAAAUUGGAUUGAUUUGAUCAAAGAACAUUCAAAAGAUGUAUUGGAUUCAAUUCAGGUUGUACGUAACAAUAUUUUGGUUUGUCAUUAUUUAAGCGAUGUUGUUAGCCGUAUUGAACUGCGUAAACUAUCGGAUGGUAGUUUGAUAAAAAAUAUUUCAAUACCAGUUGGUACUGUUUCAGCAAUCACUGCUAAACGUAAACAUGAUGAAUUAUUCUUUUUAUUUACAUCAUUUUUGGUACCAUCAAGUUCUUAUCAUCUGAAAUUUACUGCUACCACCGAUGAUAAUGGUGAUAUUAGCCAAGAUGAACCGAAAUGUUUUCGUGAAUCAGUACCGAAAAAUUUUGAUCCAACCAAAUUUGUAACGAAACAAAUAUUUUAUGAAAGUAAAGAUGGUACCCGAGUGCCAAUGUUUAUUGUACAUAAAAAUGGACUAGAAAUGAAUGGCAAUCAUCCAUGUCUUCUUUAUGGUUAUGGUGGUUUUAAUAUACCGGUUCAACCAUAUUUUUCUGUUGCUCGAUUAAUACCAUUAGAUAAUAUGAAUUGUGUAUUUGCAUUGGCAAAUAUACGUGGUGGUGGUGAAUAUGGUGAACAAUGGCAUGAUGAUGGAAAAUUAUUAUUGAAACAAAAUUGUUUUAAUGAUUUUAUUGCUGCUGCUGAAUAUUUGGUUAAAGAAAAAUAUACAUCACCAAAACGGAUUAUUAUUCAAGGUGGUUCGAAUGGUGGUCUUUUAGUGGCGGCCGUAUCAAAUCAACGACCUGAUUUGUUUGGUUGUACUAUCUGUCAUGUUGGGGUAUUGGAUAUGUUACGUUAUCAUAAAUUUACUAUUGGUCAUGCAUGGAUAUCGGAAUAUGGUUCACCCGAUGAUAAUGAUAAUGGUGAAAAACAUUAUCGAAAUUUAAUUUCAUAUUCACCAUUACAUACAAUACCGACAAUGGUUGAUCAUUAUCCAGCUACAUUACUUUUGACUGCCGACCAUGAUGAUCGUGUUGUUCCAUUACAUUCAUUUAAAUUUAUUUCCGAAUUACAAUAUCGAUUGGGAAAACGUUUACCAUCAAUACCAUUGAUGAUUCGUAUCGAUACGAAAGCUGGUCAUGGUUUUGGUAAACCAACUAAAAAAAUUAUCGAAGAAGUUGCCGAUAUUUAUAGCUUUAUUUUGAAUUCAUUGUCAUUGGAUUAUGUCGAUUGAUAACAAAUGAAAUGAAUGAAUGAAUAGAUCGGAUUAAUGGAAAACAUUUUGGUCAACAGCCUGCGAGAAAAUUCAUUUAUGAUUAUUUUUUCUAUUUUCUAAAUUUAACCAAGAAUCUUUAUUUUUUUCAUUUCGAAAAUAAAAUUUUUUUUUUUACCUUUUUUUUC